CUGCACGGCGGACUCGUUCGGUAUGUGAGUGUCCUCCCAGCUCAGGUCAGUGCGCUAACGGGACGCCACGGGACCUGCCCGCCCGCAACAAUCGCAUGGAACUGCAACCACGGGCGACGUUAAUGAGAUCGCCGCUUCGCAAGACGCUUUCUUCUCACUCGCGUUUGUAAAUGCCGGCAGCCGGCCAGAUGGCGGCUCUCCUGGCUCUGGCGGUGCUGCUGCACUCGGCCGCGCCUGCGCCCUCGCCCUCGUCCGUCUGGAAGCCGCAGAUCAGCACCGCAGGUUCUGGUCGCAACAUUCGGCAGCUGCCUUGCGUGAGCCGGCGCACGGGAGAGACGGGCACGUGCAUGUUUGCGUACUCUUGCCUCAAGGCGAACGGUACGCACCUGGGCACGUGCAUCGACCGCUUCUACUUCGGGAGCUGCUGCCGCAUGGACGGCGACCUGCCGCCGUCGGUACUGUACCGGCCCACCACCACCGAGCCUCCGGCCGCCACCACCACCACUCUUGCCACCGAAGCAGUCACGGCUUCGGCCGCGUCUGCCAUCACCACAACCGACGCGACGAGGGGAACGACGACGACGACGGCAGCGGCGACGACGUCCAAACCCACGUCUGUGACCACGGAAAGGACACAGACGACGACGACGCCGAGGAAGCCGACGAAGCCGACGAGUAGCAGACCGACGGUCAAACCGAAACCCUCUGGCAGCACGACAGCGCGGCCGCCCACCAAGAAGCCCACCAGGAAGCCUCCCGUCUUUAAGCCGACUUCCGCCAAGCCGACGACUCCGAGCGCGACGAAACCAGCGGUAUCGGUCAAACCGUCACAGUCGUCCACUGGGCCCUACACAAAGCCGACUACCAGGCCCACUACUAAACCAACUAGUAAACCCAAUACCAAGCCAACCACUAGGCCAAAUACUAGGCCAACAACCAGGCCGACAUCCAAGCCGAGCUCCAGGCCAACCCCCAAGCCCUCCACAAAGCCCACUAACAAGCCGGCCACUCCCAAACCGGCCACCACGUAUGCGACGACGAGUGCGGCCAGCGUGCAGCCUACGACGAGCAGCCAAGUGCCUGAAACGACGACAACGAUCUCUCCCACUUCAGCGUCGCCAACUAUGACGAGUACGACGGAGUCUGUGGCAAGUUCGACCUUGGCGGCCAGCGGUGUGACGACGCAGCAGACAGUGUGGAGCGCGUCCCAGGGCUCUGAGAGAAAUGCAACCACCGCCUCGCCUGCCACCGCAUCCUCUGGCAGCGUUUCCCUGGUUACCUGGACCCUCGUAGAGGCAGCAGGUUCACCGUCGCCAGCAGCGAGCCAGGCAGGUCCUGACGAGGCGACGACGAGUGCGGGCUGGGUGGAGGUGUCGCUGUCGCAGCCUGAGGCGAGCACCACCUCCAGCACUGCCACCACCACCACCACCACCAGCACCGCCACCACCACAACCACCAGCGCCAGCACCACUGCGGCACCAGAUACGCUCGCCACCACCACAACCCCCACUUCCACCUCUGCAUCCACCUCUUCUACCGCUACCCCCAGCACAAGCACAACCACCACCACCACCACCACCACCACCACUACUACACCCAGCACCACCAUCCCGACCACAACGCCAGCUGCCCCUACUGUGACCACUCCAGGGAUUGAUGAGAUUCUUGCAAAUCUUAGCAACGCCGAUUACAGAGAAGUAUGCGGGCGGCGCCUGGUGCCAGACGCGAGGAUCGUGGGCGGCCAGAAGGCAUCCUUCGGGAAGUGGCCUUGGCAGAUAUCUCUGCGACAGUGGCGUACGUCGACGUACCUGCACAAGUGUGGGGCUGCUCUUCUGAACGAAAACUGGGCCGUCACAGCGGCGCAUUGUGUAGAGAACGUGCCGCCGAGUGACUUGCUGCUGCGACUGGGGGAGCACGAUGUGUCCACGGAGGACGAGCCGUACGGCUUCCAGGAGCGGCGCGUGCAGAUCGUGGCGUCGCACCCGCAGUUCGACCCACGCACCUUCGAGUACGACCUGGCGCUGCUGCGCUUCUACGAGCCCGUCGCCUUCCAGCCCAACAUCAUCCCCAUCUGCGUGCCCACCGACGACAGGAGCUUCGUCGGCCACACGGCGCACGUCACUGGUUGGGGAAGGCUCUACGAAGAUGGACCACUGCCAAGUGUACUACAGGAAGUUUCGGUACCGGUUAUCAACAACACUCUAUGUGAAUCCAUGUAUCGGUCAGCAGGAUAUAUAGAACACAUACCUGAAAUUUUCAUAUGUGCUGGUUGGCAGAAAGGAGGGUCUGAUUCAUGCGAGGGUGAUUCAGGUGGCCCAAUGGUGAUUCAACGAGAAGAUAAGCGAUGGCUGCUGGCUGGUGUUAUUUCUUGGGGAAUUGGAUGUGCAGAGCCCAAUCAACCAGGUGUUUACACACGUAUAUCAGAGUUCAGGGAAUGGAUCAAUCAAAUAUUGCAGUUCUAAUAUGCAGUUGUUUGUGUUGUUGCCAGUGGAUCUGUGAUUUAUAAUGAAACUGUGACUUUAUGUGGACUCAGAAAACUGUUUAAUCUGCAGACACAACUAAAGGGUUUCCGAAUGGAGAAUGUGAGUGUGGCUUACAGCUGUGAUACUUUAGUGGGGAUGUGCCAUAAAAUAAACUGCACACAACAAAUGUCCACUAAAAUAAUACACAAAUAUAUGACAUGUCAAACAGGACAAGACAGACAAACAUAACUGUCAUUGUGAUAUGUGUACUUUCGUAAAUUAUGUGUGGUUGCACAGGACAGUAUUUAAUUUUUUAUAUAAUUUAUUUUAUUUUCUACUGAACUUUAGUUCUUUUUGUAUGUUAAUGUUAUUUUUGUAUGUGUGAGUAAAUUAUAAUGGGAGACUUGGGUGUAUUAUUCACCUCCAAAACAUAGCACUGUUGUAUCAAGCAGUACUUAUGGUCAGCUUUACCCUCUUAAAUGAAUGUAAAGUAUAUGAGCCCACAUGAUGGGAACAUCAAGAUUAAUGAUUGAUUGUGAGAAUGUACAAUGCACAAAGGAGUUGUUAUAUAUAUCCAGCAUAAAAAGUAAUUUAAUUUCUCUCAGUAGACACCAAAAAAUAAUGCUGGAAUUCUCACAGUUGUCAACUACCUUAAAAUUAAAAUUUGGAAAAUGUUCAGUUUUGAUUAUUCUGAGUGUAAUAAAAAAUGCAAAUCUGUGUAAAAUUCCCUUCUCACAUGCAGCUAAUUGUUGUCUAAAUAUGAUGAUAUUGCAGAAGUGUGAUUGAAUAGGUGUCAGAGUUCCCAUCAUAUUAGU